UCGCAGCCUGAGAAAUGAGGCCAAGCCCCUCCUCUACCAGGCCGAUUAUAGGAGUGUCCAUUGUUAUUGAAAUGAGCUGAAGAGAGGGAGUAGAGCAAGAUCAGGCAGAGCUGAGGAGCUCCACAGUGCGCACACAGGAGCGGGAGCAGGGUGGGAAAACUUCUCAACAAGCACACAGACCUGGGGGAAGAAUUCGCAACCAUCCGGGAUCGGGUCUGCCUGCUGGACUGCGCUAUGGGCUGCUGAAGGGACCGAUGCUCGCUGGAUAGUUUGAAGACGUAAACUGAAAGACAUUUCCGAACAUUCCUCUGAACACGUAUGCUGUAAAAUAGCCUAAACCUGGGCUUGUUCCAUGUGAGUAAGUUGCGGAUUAUAUUUUCAUCCUUCAAAAAAAAAAAAAAAAAACAUCCAAGGAGGCGAGAGCGCGCGAGGAAGGCAACUGGUUCCGGUCCGUUUCCGGUGAGGUUACCUGCUGAGAGCAUGAGCCAGGCGGACGUGAGCUGCUCGGCGCGUCAGCGCGUCUUCCAGGAAGCCCUGCGCAAAGGCAACACGGCGGAGCUGCACUCUCUGCUGCGCGGCAUGACCAACUGCGAGUUCAACGUCAACUCGUUCGGGCCCGAGGGUCAGACGGCGCUGCACCAGUCCGUCAUCGACGGCAACCUCGAGCUCGUCAAGCUCCUGGUGAAGUUCGGCGCCGACGUGCGUUUGGCGAACCGGGACGGCUGGAGCGCGCUGCACAUGGCGGCUUUCGGCGGCCACCAGGACAUCGCACUCUACCUCAUCACGAGGGCCAAGUACUCAUCCGGAGCACUCUGAGAGAAAGGGGGGAAAAAAGAGAAAAGGCAAGAAGAAGCAGAGAAAAGCCGGACAUUGAAAAAGCAGCAGCAGCUUUCCCUUUCACCCUGGUCCUGGAGUUCUAGAGAACUGCACGAUAUAUCACUUCUUCAUUAUUAUUUUUUUAUUAUUGCGAUAAUAGCUUUUGUAUAAUAAUCUGCUUGGAUUGGAUUUCAUCCUGAAAAGAAAAAAAAAACCUAGAUACUAAAAUUUCUGGCAGAAUAUCAAACCACAGUCAUUUAGGAAUGCUGAUUAUGAAAAAACAA